AUGAUUAAGUGGGCUGUGCGUUUCAAGAAUGAGCCGGACUCGUUGUGGGCGAGAGUAAUUGAUGCCAUUCAUGGAGGGGGUAGAUGUUUAUCAUAUAUCCCAUUGAAAAACUCCACUGGUGGCGUAUGGAAGGGUAUAAUCAAUAUGGGCCGCAUGUCUCAAAAUCAGUUAAUAAAUGUAAAAGAAAGGCUCACUCCGAUUAUAGGCAAUGGUGAAAAGACUCUUUUCUGGCUAGAUAACUGGAUAGGGGGCGGUCCACUAAGUACGAGAUACCCGGAGAUCUUUGCACUAGAAUCCAACAAAAGAUGCAUGGUUUCGGAACGAUACGUCUCUUCUCAAAAUGUAACCGAAUGGAAAUGGGGCAGCGACAAUGCACUCACAGCUGAGGUGCAUCUAAGGCAAUGGGCUGAAUGUACUAAUGAGCUCGAUAGGGUAACCAUUCAUUGUAAACCGGAUACAUGGCUGUGGAAAUCGGGUUCAAGGGUGGAAGAUUUUGUGGUGAGUUCGGUUAGGAAGGAGCUCGAUAAAAUCGACACCAUUAAGGAAACCAAAGUUCUAAGAUGGUUACAUUGGAUUCCAAAGAAGGUCAAUUGCUUUAUGUGGCGUGUAGUGCUGGACAGAAUUGCAACAAGGGACGCACUUCAGGUUCGUCAUAUUCAGCUACCAUCCACAAACUGUGUCCUAUGCAACAACACGAGGGAAUCGGCAGACCAUCUCUUGUUAACAUGUGAGACGACCCAGCUGGUAUGGACUACGAUCUUCCAAUGGCUGAAAAUACCGUUGCCAAACUAUAUCUUGAGUGUAGUACAAUUGCUGGAAAUAAUUCACUCACAGGCAUGCUCAAAAAACAAAAAGAAGGCUGCAUAUGCAGUAGUAGCGGCCACAUGUUGGUGCAUUUGGUUAAUGAGAAACGAUGUGAUCUUCAAGGUAAAACCAUUCUCCAUGUCAAAACUAAUAGGGGAUAUCAAGGCUACUUCGCACUCAUGGAUAAAACAUCGAGCUGGGCUAUCGGAGAUCAAUUGGGAGAAAUGGAGGAGUUUUAGUGUGUAA